GCAGAUGAGCGAAAAGAAUUCCCUCGCCACUAACCAAACAAGAGGAAAAAAAAAAAAAAAAAAUGAACGAGCUGAGGUAUGCCAUCAUCUUUACAUCAACCGAGUGAACGCAUCCUACGCGGGCAUUUACCAUUUACCCCUCACGUGAAAGCUGUGCUGAGUGUACGAAUUCCCAGCCGGGGCAAACACCUGCCUUUUGGCACACUGGAGGUACCGUUUGCGCUCCAGCCCCGCCCUGACGAAAGGAGAAGCCGCCACCGCGAAGCGGCACAACGCUUCCCCCGCUCUGCUUUCUUGCCGCCACCGCAAAGCGGCACAACGCUUCCCCCGCUCUGCUUUCUUGCCGCCACCGCAAAGCGGCAGUGCGAACCCUUUUUGCGCGCCAGCCGAAUCGCCCAAAAUGAGCUCCAUCGAGGCGACCAUCAUCUGCGUAGAUAACAGCGAUUACAACAGGAAUGAGGACAUCGUGCCGAACAGGUUUCUCUCGCAGAUCGACUGCGUAAACGUGCUGUGCUGCAACAAGACGAGCAUGCACUACAAGAACAACAUCGGCAUCGUGAUGAUGGCCGGAGACAAGACGAAGGUGAAGGUGUCCCUGACGAACGACAUCGGGCAGCUGCUCUCCUGCAUCCACGAAAUCAAGUUGGACGGCACGUGCGACAUCGUGAGGAGCCUGCUAAUCGCGCAGCUGGCCCUGAAGCACCGCGUGGAUAAGAACCUGGGCCAAAAAAUUAUGCUCUUCGUCGGGAGCCCCUUAAAAGUGAAUGAAAAGCAACUCAUCAGUACAGGUAAGCAACUGAAGAAGAAUAACAUCUGCCUAGACAUCAUCAGCUACGGAGACAUACACAAAAAUAGGGACAUCCUCAUGAAGCUAUACGAUAGCGUAAACAGUAAUGGCAACUGUAAGUUUAUAGAAUGCCCUGAAACGGAAAAUAACCUCAGCAGAUUUGUUCUAAAUUCCUUUCUUAACAAUAACGAUUAUAAUAUUGGGAACAUCCAGGAGGAUGAGCAGUUGAUGAAUGCCAUGCAGAUGUCUCUAGAGGAAAGCCAGCAGCUACCCGAGCAGAAAAAUGUCUCUGCUGCAAACGGAGCUGUCCACUCGACCAACAACGACCUGCCUACCAUCGAAGAAAUUGAGAGCAUGAAGGACAUCGACAAUGAGUUGAAGGAGGCCUUGAUUUUGUCCCUUAAGGAAUACACGGAGAAGAACAAGCAGGGGGGGAAGCAGCAGGAUGGUCAGCAGCAGGGUGGUCAGCAGCAGGGUGGUCAGCAGCAGGGUGGUGAGCUGCAGGGCGACCAGCUGCAGGGCGACGCGAAUAACCCCCCGGCGCCCCCACCAAAUGGAGGCAACCCCGCAGGAACAAGCCAACCCAGUGGAGACACCCCCUUCGACGCAAAAGGGGAAGAAAAUUUGACGCUCGUAAAUGAAAGCUACAAAAAUAACUUUGACAGCGGAGACCACCAGAUGCAAGUUGAAGACCCCAAAGAGAAAAAAGAAAACGAAAGCUACGAGAAGGUUUUUAAAAUAGAUAAGGAGGAUGGGGGGUUGCAGGAUAACGCUCAAGGGAGUGGCAUAAAUGAGCAUAUAUACAGCUCGGAAAAUGGGGAUGGGGGGAUGGUUCUACCGAAUGAGCAAGCGGAGGGGGCAUCCCCCCCCUCGGCCAUGCACAUUCAGGACACCAGCUACAUCUCCAACAUCCUGGGGAAGAUUAACGCCAACGUGAGCGUGUUCGGCGGGGAGGGGGAUAAGGAGAAGGAGAAGCAGGCGGGGGUGAGCGGCAAGUCGGGCGGCAAGUCAGGCGGCGAACCGGGCGACGAGCCGGACGCCGCCUCGGGGGCGGGCCAGUAGUGGUUCAGCGAUUGGUUGGUCAAGCGGUUGGUCAAGCGGUUACCACUUAGCAGAUAUCGACUCGCCAAGCGACCGCGCUGGUAACUCGCCGUGCCGCUCGCAGCCAACCAGUUUCCCUUUUUUUUUUCCACCUUGUGAUAGAUCUGUGCUAAACCGACGCAACCGAGGAGGGCAUCGGUUAACGCGAACGUUCAUGCACAUCGAGCGUGCACCGUUUAUGCGGCAUUUUUUUUUUUUUUUUUUUUUU